UCGACUUCAUGAAACAGACACCUUCCAGGUAUUUUGUCUCUUGCAAUCGGUCUACGAAACAUCUUAACGCGACAUCUUCUCGUCAAAUAAUCGAAAAGUGUGGAGAACCAUGCCUGAAACACAUAUCAUCGCCAUUCUCUCUCCCGCCAAGGGCAAAUCGCAUCGCCUGAAGGAACUCUUGGGGAAGAUGUGCAAAGACGUGCACGAAAAGGAGGACUACACGCUCCGCUACAUCGCCACCGAGCAGAUUGACGGCGACAACCCCGACGAUGCCGAUAUCGUGAUGAUUGAGACGUACAAGGACAAGGCGUCCGCUGACAAGCAUACCACCGAGCCUCACUUCAAGGAGAUCUUCGCCACGCUCGACAAGGAAGGCAUCCUGGGCAAGGCGCCAUGGCUGGCGAAGACGCAGAGCAAGCAUGGCUUCGACCUGGAUCACAAGCUGAUCUAGAUUGGCGCUGUUCAAUGUGAUGCCGUUGAAGUGUUUCGAUCUUGCUUCCGUAUAUAUUCCACCUACAUACCAUGAGGUCA